AUGCACUGGACAUUUUGGGUGUCGGCCCUAAUCCCGCUUGCUGUGGCAGCCCCUUUCAAUCACACGAUUCAAAUUUCCGUCAAAGAUGCAACAGACUCGCAAGCUGUCAAUGUUUACUUGGAUUACCCACGCACUACUUUGAAGGAUCAUGUAUUCGUUUACAGUGAUUGCAACACCCUGAACCUCACUGAUGCUCAUCACACCAUUGCGCAUAUCCCAGGAGGUGAUUUUGGUGGCGAUCAUACUCGACUGGUCUGGGUUGUUCCCGAGGAUGCUAAAAAUCAUGGAUGUAUCUUCGCCUGGGAGCAGAACAGUGUGAUGAUUGGGCAGAGCCAGCCUCUUACUUUUGGUGAGAUCUUGAAAACUACUCUCUUCAAGAGGGAUCGCAUUAUGAUGUCCAAUGAGUCUGGCAUUGACGCCGAAGGGCCUUGGUUUAAUGGUGUGGAUACCAUCAAGAUCAAGGAGAUCGGGGCAGUGGAUGUGAAGGCAGCCAAAAGCAAAUCAAUCGGUAUUAUUGGUGGUGGAAUAUCCGGCAUGAUGACAUAUUAUCUCCUUCACAGCGUUGGUUUUAAGAACCUUGAAAUUUCUGAGUCCACAGAUCGCGUUGGAGGUCGCAUCUGGACAGAAUACUUCGAGGAACCAGAGUCCAAGUAUCAGUAUCAAGAGAUGGGCGCUAUGCGCAUCCCGAUUACCGCAACCUUUCCACUAGGCAACGAAAGUCUGACAUUGAACUUCACCAGCCACCAAAUCGUGUUCCAGCUGGCAGAAGCGCUCAACAAAAUCAACGGUUAUGACAAAUCACUUAACAUUGAUUGGAUUCCAUUCCUUCAGAAUAGCGACAAUGCUCUCUCCCUGAUAGGAAACAAAAGAAACACAGACGGCUCGAUUCCUACGGUUGGCGACGUGGCAAAGAAUAGCUCACUCGGUGCAUCUGCUCUGCACACCCCAAAUCUGGAUAGUCUGACCGCGAAGUUGAAUGCAUUGAUGUAUAAUCCAGAAGAUAUGAAAUUGAUUGCCAGCAACAUUUAUGAAGCUCACAAGAAGUUCCUGAAUGUCGGUCUGAAUGGAGGAGGAGAUGAGUGGUCACAGACAGGCUACGUCCAUAAUGCGUUGGGCUAUGAUCUAAAUACGACAGACCUAGCCGGUGAGCUAGUCACGCUUGCUGCUCCUUUCUGGGUCAGCCUGUAUGACAACCUGUUCUUUUCAUCCAAAGAAUGGAAAACUAUCGAUAAAGGGAUGAGUCGACUACCAAAUGCUUUCAAACCCUUAAUCGGGAAAGAUCUCAAAUACAACCGAAAGAUCCAAGAAGUGCACUAUCUUGAAGAAGAUAAAAAAGUCCAAGUUUCUUGGAAAAAUCACUAUGCAGAUCGUCAUUUCCAAACAGCAACCUAUGACUAUACCUUUGUUGCGGUGCCGUUUACUGUGGUCCGCAAAUGGAAACUACCAGAAUUCUCUCACACUCUGAGCAAUGCAAUUUCUCGCCUAGGUUACCAAUCGGCUUGCAAGAUGGCACUGCAGUUCAAAUCCCGAUUCUGGGAGCACUUGGAGCGCCCGAUAUUUGGCAGCUGCAAUACGGUAACUGAUAUUCCGGGAAUGGGCAAUAUCUGCUACCCCGGUUAUAACGUGAAUAGCUCCGGGCCAGCCGUGAUGCUUACCAGUUACAACAACGACGACUAUGGUGAGCGUUGGGUCUCCACCCCAGAGAAAGAACACGCCCAACAUGUUCUCGACGGUAUCUUCCAGUUACACGGUGAGAUCGCUUAUGAACAAUAUACUGGCAAUUUCAAGCGUGUUUGUUGGUUGGAAGAAGAAUCCAACGCUGGUGGUUCUUGGGCUUUGCCGACAGUUGGUCAGCAUCAACUUUAUAUUCCAUCGUACUUCAAGACGGAGAAUAACUUUCCUCGGCUUUGGAAUCGUCUGUUCGUGGAACAGUUCAACUUUUGCUAG